AGCAAGAGAAAAAAAAAAAAAAAGCUAAAUGGCAUCAAUGGCCAUCCUCAUCCUUUCCUUGUGUGCCACCCUUGGGAUCCUUGCACCAGCAUGCAAGGCCACUGAAUUCGUUCUCUACUCAAACCCUGACACUGUCCUCGUCCCGGGCAAAAACUUCUCAUAUGACUUGACCCCCAUCGGCCUCCCUUACGGUCCAGCGGAUCUGGUCAUGCGGAAGGACUGCAACCUGGUGAACCACUACAAAGGUGAAUUUGCCUGGGCUAGCAACACAAGCGGAGCUGCAGACUACUGCUACCUCACGGUCAGCAACUACGGCGCUGCGGUCAUCAAGGGCAACUACCACUACCCAGUCUGGACCAGCCCCAUCACCAGCAACAUCUCCGGUGACUACGUUCUAAUCCUUCAGUGGAACGGCGGGCUCGCCCCCUACGGCCCCAGCAUCUGGUCCAGCACUAACAAAGCAGAGUUCGGCAGCAUUGAGAUCAAGAACGAGACCAAGGACUACGUGGUCUACUCGUAUUCAGUGCUGCCAAUUGGACCCAUAGCCACGUAUAAGGACUUUCAUCUGGUCCUUGAAGACAGCUGCAACCUUGUCCUCCGCCGCACUGAUUCUGGCAAGGUGUUGUGGCAGACCAACAAGUACAGUGACUGCCAUGACUGCUUCGUCGAGCUUGAUGGCAACGGCGAGCUGUUUGUCAAGCAUAGACGCCGGGAGAUACUGUGGAGAUCCAAUUCCAGGUCUACACCAGGCCUUUACGUGUUUGUGCUGCGUUAUGAUGCUCGUCUUGUCAUCUAUGGCUCUCAGAUUUGGACUACCAAACCCUUCUGGUAAUUAAGAGCCUGACCCUGUGCAUGGAAUUAAGCACCUAAGUUUGCUAGUUGAAUGAAAUAAAAUGUGUGGGAUCACCUCUUUAUCUUUUACCAUGAACUGCAUAUGCUUGCGUGUUA